AUGGAUCUUAACAAGAGUAUUUUUGAGAAUAUGAAAUUUCGUAAAUAUUUCUUGUAUAUUGUUAUAUUCACAAUAAUAAUAGUUAUUUGGAAAUUGAAGGCCACAGACAAUACUGGUGACAACUUGCAAGAUCUGAAAGACAUUUUGCACUCUCAUAAACAUUUUCUCCAUAUCACAAAGCAGCAACUUCUGCUUUUUGAACAAUUGCAAAAACACAUCAACUAUGAACCUAUUCCAGUCAUAUAUGCAAUUACUCCAACAUACUACCGCCUGGUUCAAAGAGCUGAACUUACUAGGAUAUCACAGACCCUGAGAUUAAUUCCAAAUAUUCAUUGGAUUGUCAUUGAGGAUUCAGAAGAAAAAACGAAUUUAGUUAGCAAAUUGUUAGAAGAAUCAGAGCUGACAGUAACCCAUCUAAAUGCUAAAACACCUCCAUUUGAAAAACUAAAAGACAAGGAACCUAGCUGGAAAAAACAUAGAGGUGUCGAGCAAAGAAAUGCAGCUCUCUCGUGGCUCAGAGAGAAUCUGACUGUUGGGAAUCAAAAAGGAAUAGUGUACUUCAUGGAUGAUGACAAUUCAUAUCACCUUAAUCUAUUUUCGGAGAUUCGUAAGGUUAAAAGAGUAGGCACUUGGCCUGUUGGAUUAGUGGGAGGAUUGAAUGUUGAAGCACCAAUUUUAGAUCCUAAAACUGGAAAAGUAAAAAGUUACAGGAGUGGUUGGAAACCCAACCGCCCAUUUGCAAUAGACAUGGCUGGCUUCGCCAUUAACUUGGACUUGAUUCUAACGAAAAAGGAGGCGACCUUCUCAUACAAAAUGGAGAGAGGCUGGCAGGAAAGCGAAUUCCUGAGUUUCUUCACAACCAAAGAGGAGUUGGAACCUUUAGCUGACAAUUGUACGAAAGUGUACGUUUGGCAUACGAGGACAGAGAAACCAGUGGUUAGAGGUUUGGUGAAGGGAUUUGAGGUGUAA